AUUCCUGUGGUAACGGAUCCCAGUCCUCACGGCCAAUAUGGCGUUUUUUUUGCAAGUAGAGAUGUGAUAAUUUUCUGGUAAUAUUUUGCCAUUUAUUGUUUAAAAUGCUGCUUUUAUUGCUUUAAAAUCUUCACUCAAUAGUGCAUUACAGGUUACUGGAUGCUGCCUUUGCUUGAAACUAUUGAUGCCUUGUCAAAAUUGUGCGUAAACUCCUAAAAAAAACAUUAACUUACAAGCAUGGAGAUAGACGAAGAGUCGAGAUUCACUACAAAGAGUAUUGUAUCUCCCAGCCUAGACAAGAUAGAGCCUGCUACAUAUCCGAUGGACGAAGAUUAUGGAGAGAUGGGAAGCUGUGGAGAAACUUCUAUAAAAGAGACAGAAGGGAUUAUUCGAGAUUCUAGUGAAGAGAUGACUUUGCCAAAUGCACAAUGCGAUACUGAAAAAGAAUUGAUUGUAUAUGACCAUAGUGAAAACAUAACUUUAACAAAUACACAAGGUGAAAACACAACUUUAAAAAAUACACAAGGAGAUGUUGAAAAAGAAAAACACUUCGAGAGUGAAACUGCUUGUACUGAGGAGAUUGGUGACACUGUGGCAGUGAUUGAUAAUGAUUUAGUAAAUAAACAAUAUGCAGUCAACUAUAAGAGACUUAGUACAUCAGAUCUACCUGUUCAACUUACAGGAGCAUGGAGGGAGUUUGAGCAGCGGCCUGACAACUUCCUCAAAGGAUGUAAAUGGUCACCAGAUGGCUCAUGUUUGUUGACCAACAGUGAUGAUAACUCUCUCAGGAUUUUCAACCUUCCCUCUGAGCUUUACACCAUUGGAGCAGACUCCUCUCAGCUGACAGAAAUGUCAGCAGUACUCCAUAUGCAAGAAGGUGAGACAGUCUAUGACUAUUGCUGGUACCCCUACAUGACAUCAAUGGAUCCUGCCACUUGCUGCCUCUUGAGUUCCUGUAGAGACCACCCUAUCCACAUGUGGGACGCCUUCACAGGAAAGCUAAGAUGUUCAUACAAGGCAUUUGAUAAUAUGGAUGAAAUAACCUCUGCCACCAGUGUUUCCUUCAAUCUUGAUGGCAGCAAGAUUUACUCUGGGUUUAACAAGAUGGUGCGCGUGUUUGACACCAACCGGCCAGGCAGAGAAUGCGAGGAGCGGCCAACAGUUGUUAAAAAGAAUGGCCAAUCUGGCCUCAUCUCUUGUAUUGCCUUUUGUCCCGAUCACUCUGGUCUCUAUGCACUGGGUUCAUACUCGAAAUCAGUUGGCAUUUACAGUGAUUCAGAUGGGGAGCUCCUCUGUCUACUGCAGGGGCAGGUGGGUGGGGUCACACAUGUGCUUUUCUCUCCUGAUGGCUCCAAGCUUUAUAGUGGGGGAAGAAAGGAUGAAGAAAUUCUGUGCUGGGAUAUUCGAAACCCAGGAGUAAUCCUCUGCAGACUAGUUCGCUCAGUUACCACAAACCAGCGUAUCUACUUUGACUUGGACAUGUCUGGGCGUUACCUAGUGUCAGGAGGUGGCAACGGCACAGUUACAUGUUGGGACACACUUGCUCCACCAAUUACAGAUGAUGUUAGUCCUGACCCACUCCUCCCACAGUUGGUCUCAUUUAUGGCCCAUGGUGACUGUGUCAAUGGAGUAAGCUUCCAUCCCACUCUGCCAUUACUUGCUAGUACAUCAGGACAGAGGAGAUUUUCUGACAUUGAUGAUGACAGCAGUGAUGAAGAAUGCACUGACAAAAAUAAACACCUUUCUCAAGACUUCUCUGUCAGGAUAUGGAGCUUGUGAUCUGUUGUUUAAGGAUAGUAAA